CUCAAGUCUGACUAGAGAAGUCGCUGCAUUGUUAAGUAAUAUUGUUCCAUUCAUUAGUACUGUGUAGACUGUAGCACCCCCAGCUCCUCCACCUCUGUCCCCAGCUGGGUGAGCCGGCAGGAAAAUUGAGAUGUGUAAGAUCAAAAUGGAGCACAUGAGCUGCUUUGAGCUGCAGGGUUCUUUCCUAUCAGAUGGAUUUGAAGACUAUGGUCCAGAUUGUGACAGCAUGAGGGUAACGGCCUUCUUGGACAUUCCAGGCCAGGAUCACCUGCCUCCACUCACUCGCCUGGAAAAGUAUGCUUUCAGCGAUAACAUCUUCAACCGUCAGAUUAUUGCCAGAGGGCUGCUCGAUAUCUUCCGGGACUUCAGUAACAAUGAAGAAGAUUUCUUAACGGUAAUGGAGAUUGUGGUCAGAUUGUCAGAAGAUGCAGAGCCCACAGUGCGGACUGAGCUGAUGGAACAGAUUCCUCCUGUUGCGCUUUUUUUACAGGAAAACAGAUCCAGUUUUCCACUGGUGUUCUCCGAAUAUCUCAUCCCCAUUGUAGUGAGGUACCUCACAGACCCAAACAAUCAGGUUAGAAAAUCAAGUCAGGAAGUGCUCUUGAUUCUUCUGGAACAAGAUCUAAUUUUCCAGCAUGAUAUUGAAAACAAAGUGUGUCCAAUCCUGCUGGCGCUGUCUGCCCCAGACAGUGAUGAUGAAUAUAAAGCAGAAGCCGUGAAUAUAAUCUGCAGACUGGCUUCAGUGCUGAGCAAGAGCACAGUUGAACGCCUGCUGCUUCCCCGAUUCUGUGAAUUGUGUGGUGAUGGGAAACUCUUUCAAGUUCGGAAGGUAUGUGCUGCAAAUUUUGGUGAUAUUUGUCACGCCGUUGGACGAGAAGCCACUGAGAAAUUUUUGAUCCCCAAGUUUUUUGAGCUCUGCUCAGAUAGCGUGUGGGGGAUGCGAAAAGCCUGUGCGGAGUGCUUCACGGCGGUGUCCUACAGCACGUCCCCCGAGGCCCGCAGAAGCAAGCUCUCGCCUCUCUUCAUCAGACUUAUCAGUGACCCCUGUCGAUGGGUGCGCCAGGCUGCCUUCCAGUCCCUAGGCCCCUUCAUCUCCACUUUUGCAAACCCCUCCAGAGCUGGCCUUUAUAUUCGAGAAAACGGCACCCUGAGCGCCCAACCACUGGUUCAGGACCUGGACUCCGAUUUCACCUCUGGGUCACCCAGUGCAGAGAGUCGUGGUGACACUCCCUCAGCCUGUUCAACAAAGCCGGUGCAGAUUGAGCCAGAUCUCUCCAUGGAAGGCACAUCAACGGAGACCAGCAGUUUAUUACAAGUCAAUAGCUCUUCUAAUGGCCUAAUGGAAAACCCAAUGGAAGACUCUGUCUUGGCUGGCGCUGAGUUGACCAGGCUUUCCCCAGAGGCCAGUGCCUUUUCAGAGCUCCAUGAUAUUAACGACCUCCCUAUCAACAGCCACCCUGGACCAGAUUCCUGGGCCUGCCCAGGGAGUCCUGAGGAUGUAUUCAAUAAUUUCCUUUAUUGGCGAAUUCCUCUUCCUGACAUAAGCAAGGACUUAGAGCUGCUUCUGAGCGAGGCUGGGCUGCAAGAAAAAGGCUGCAGCAGACCUGCGACCGUGCGUAACAGCUGUGUGGCCGGGAGCGAGAUUCAGAAAGUCCUUGAUAGUUUGCAGGAGCAUAUGAUGAAUGAUCCGGAUGUUCAAGCUCAAGUUCAGGUAUUAUCAGCUGCACUGAGAGCCGCACAGCUUGACUCUGUGAAUGAGCCCGAGCACAGGCCAACAGAAGGUCUAAAUGAAGUGUCCCUUUCAGAUCCCAGCCCUGCCUCUGACAAUCAGAUGGCUCUGUUGGCUUCAUCAUCACAGAAUGAGCUCUCCGUGGCCAGGAUAUUACAAAGCCCAGACCCCAGCGAACCCUGCAGUGGAACCAGUGACCAUUUGGAGACUGAACAGAGGCAUGACCCCACCCCACUUGAGGAGAAUAAAUCUAAAUUACAGGAUAUAAUACCUCAGCCCCUGCUGGAGCAGUAUGUGUCGAUGACCGACCCAGCUCGAGCCCAGACUGUCGAUACUGACAUAGCCAAGCACUGUGCCUACAGCCUCCCGGGGGUGGCGCUCACCCUGGGCAGGCAGAACUGGCACUGCCUGAAAGAUACGUAUGCAACGCUGGCUUCCGACGUGCAGUGGAAGGUACGCCGGACCCUGGCCUUCUCUAUUCAUGAGCUGGCUGUGAUUCUUGGGGAUCAGUUGACAGCAGCUGACCUGGUGCCUAUCUUCAAUGGAUUUUUAAAGGACCUGGAUGAAGUACGGAUAGGAGUUCUUAAACACCUGUAUGAUUUUCUAAAGUUGCUUCAUGAAGACAAGAGGAGAGAAUAUCUUUAUCAGCUUCAAGAAUUUAUAGUGACCGAUAACAGCAGGAAUUGGAGGUUUCGGUAUGAACUAGCAGAACAGCUGAUACUGAUUUUGGAACUCUAUAAUCCCAAUGAUGUUUAUGAUUAUUUAAUGCAUAUUGCCUUAAAGUUGUGUGCAGAUAAAGUUUCUGAAGUGCGGUGGAUCUCCUUCAAACUAGUCGUGGCAAUUCUGCAGAAGUUCUAUUCAAACAGUGCAAGUGCGUUGGGGUUAAAUUUCAUCCAUGAACUCGUCAUAAGGUUCCGGCACUGUUCUAAGUGGGUCGGAAGGCAAGCUUUUGCUUUCAUUUGUCAGGGAGUGGUGAGCGAGGAGUGUAUCCCCGUGGACCAGUUUGUUGAACACUUACUCCCUAGCCUUUUAAGCCUUGCAUCGGAUCCUGUGCCAAACGUGAGGGUUCUGCUGGCCAAAGCUCUGAGGCAGACGCUAUUGGAAAAGGCAUAUUUUAGAAAUGCUGGUAACCCUCAUCUUGAAGUCGUUGAAGAGACCGUCUUAGCUUUGCAGUCAGACCAGGACCCAGAUGUUUCCUUUUUUGCCACCCUAGAACCACAGCGGCGGAAUCUUAUGGACACUACUGUGCUAGAAAAACCGAACUAACCUCUCUGCGAUCAGUUAUGAUCUGGGCAUUUCACGCCUGGCACAUA